CUGGAUCAGCUGAUGCGGGCGGGCCGGCCGGGUGUGCGGAGCUCUCAUGGCGGCGCUGUUCGGCGGCGUGGAGGGGGGGGGGACCCACUCCAAGGUGGUGCUGAUAUCUGAAGAUGGCAAGAUCCUGGCAGAGACCGACGGGCCCUGCACUAACCAUUGGCUGGUCGGCUCAGACAAAUGCCUGGAAAGGAUCAAUGAGAUGGUCAGCGAGGCCAAAGGGAAGGCAGGUGCCAACCCGCAGGUUCCCCUCCGCUCGCUGGGGCUGUCUCUGAGCGGGGGGGAGCAGAAAGAAGCCAUCAAGAAGCUCAUUGAGCAGCUGCAGACCCGCUUCCCGCAGCUGAGCGAGAACUACUACAUCACCACGGAUGCCAUCGGGGCGAUGGCCACAGCUACCGACCACGGUGGCGUGGUGCUGAUCUCGGGAACCGGUUCCAACUGCAAACUCAUCAAUCCUGAUGGGUCGGAAGUUAGCUGUGGAGGGUGGGGUCACAUGAUGGGAGACGAGGGGUCAGCUUUCUGGAUCGCGCACCAGGCCGUGAAGAUUGUGUUCGACUGCCUGGACAACCUGGAAGUGCCGCCCCACGACAUUGGCUACAUCAAGCAGGCCAUGUUCGAUUACUUCCAGAUCUCUGACAGGAUGGGCCUCCUGACGCAUCUCUACCGGACGUUCGAGAAAUCCAAGUUCGCGGGAUUCUGCCAAAAACUAGCCGAGGAGCCUCUUCGGAGGCGAGCUGGGGCUGCCGAUCCUGUGCGUGGGCUCCGUGUGGAACAGCUGGGAAAUGAUGAAAGAAGGGUUCCUCAAAGUCCUGAACCAGGCCCGGCCUCAGGAGCUGCACAGCAUCUUCUCCAAGUUCACCCUCUUGAAGCUAAAGCACUCGUCAGCGCUGGGCGGAGCCAGCCUGGGGGCCAAGCAUAUAGGGCAGGUGCUGCCUCUGGACUACACUGCCAAUGUGGAUGUCUUCUACACACACUCCUUCUAGGGCCCCAUGGGAGGACUCAGCUCUGCUCCCUCGUUCCCUGCCCUGGCCAGUGCUCUCUGCCUAGGCAGCAUCCGGCUAGGCAGCCGUACUUUUUAAAUUGUUCCUUGGUUUGUGUCUCUGGUGCAGCCUGUGGGGGUGGGGUGGGGAAAUCUAUUUACAUAGACAGGAAUUGCAUCUGGCUUUUUGUGUCAAUGUGUUUUGUAAUUCAUCAAUAAAAGGUCACAGACACAGCUGA